GUGUGUAACCCUAAAUUAAAUUCUAAACCGAACCCCAUACACGGCAAGCCCCCUCUCCUUUCUCUCUCCCCUUCCUUCCGACCCCAACCUCCGGCGUCCGUCCAGCGCCGCCUCCCUCCGCUGAUUCCCACCGCUCCUCCCUCGCCGUCGACUUCCCAGCCGAACCGCCCUCGCCGCCGUUCCUCUCCUCUCCGACGACAAUCGCUCCAGACCGUCGACCCACCGCCCGCCGUCGCUCCUCCUCCAUUCAGCCGUUCCUCUCCCACCUCAUCCACAAGCGCCGCCGUCACUCCUGAGACAGCCGCCGAUCUUAGCCUCUGCCCACCGGCUCGUGUGAAUCAUGCCUAAAGUAAAGACGAACAGGGUUAAGUACCCGGAAGGAUGGGAGCUGAUUGAACCAACUCUACUCGAACUUCAGGGAAAGAUGAGAGAAGCUGAGCUUGAUCCGCACGAUGGUAAAAGAAAAUGUGAGGCGUUAUGGCCUAUAUUCAAGAUAGCCCAUCAAAGGAGCCGAUACAUAUUCGACCUUUACUAUAAGAGGAAGGAAAUUUCGAAGGAAUUAUUUGAGUUCUGCUUGGACCAGGGACAUGCUGAUCGGAAUUUAAUUGCUAAAUGGAAGAAGCCCGGUUAUGAACGACUAUGCUGCUUAAGGUGUAUGCAACCGCGAGACCAUAAUUUCCAAACCACGUGUGUCUGCCGAGUCCCCAAACAUCUUCGAGAAGAAAAGGUUAUAGAAUGUGUACAUUGCGGCUGUGGAGGCUGUGCUAGUGGAGAUUAAGCGGUAACUCCUUCGCCGUAUCCUUUCCAAACUUUGUAUGCAAAACUAUUAGCUUCCGAAUAGUUGCUUGGUCUGAUAUCUUUCACUGAACUGAUAUUCGGAGUUGAAAUUAACAUUUGCUAUGAGUAAAAGAAUCUGCCUGUUAUGUUGUUAUGA